CUGUGGAAGCUGAACUGCAGCCACAGUGUAAAACACUGCUCACUUCAGGAAGACUGGAUCUGGAUGCUGUCUCCUGAGGCAUGAUGGCUUCAGCAUGUUAAAUUACUUUCAUUAGGAAUUUCCAGAUACCCUGGUAGUGAGACUGAGGCAGCAGCAGCAACAGCAACAACAACCAAGCUGUAGUAACAGGUACGCCACGUUCUUUCAAUAUCACACAUUUUAAGGCAAUGGAACAGAAGGGAGGCAUGUGUCUUUAAUUUCCAGCUUCUGAAGCAGAGCUUUUCAUGUUCUUAAAAAUCGGCACGCUGACAGAAAAGGGGGCUGGUGAAUAAAUCCAAAAUUGGACUACUUCAAAACAUGUGUGAGGAUGCUUUUCCAAAGCAGUUCAUUCCAAGGAAAUGCACAAUGAAGUUACCACAAAAGACCGAACAGCUAUAAAAUCAUUAUGGAUUAUGACCCUACUGAUUCUGCAAAGUCCGCGUGCUCUUACAAACAAAAUUACUGUGCAAAUUAGGCUGGUCAAUCUGAUAGAAACGGAGGGCUUUCAUUUUCUCUGGAUGGAGACAAGCAGCUCUGAACGUUCUCGAAUCCAUGCCUACACAGUAUCGGACAACGUGUUCAAAUGCAACAACACAAUUCCUACCUACAAUUCAAGCCAACAAAGCUUUCAAAAGCAACGCAACAUCACAUGAACAAAACACAAGGACUGUGAAGAGAAACUCAAAUUAGCCUACUGAUGCUUACUAAUGCAGUAACAUGCAAAUCAUUUGCCUCCAUCCUGGAUAGCAAUCCUGGUUUUAUAAUUUGUUUCUUUGACUCCGUUAAUGAGAAGAAAUGGUGUUAAAAAGUAGCAGCUGGUUAUAAUUAAACUGAAUUAACAGCGCUGCUUACCUGACGACAAAAAAAAAAACAGCAGUGCAACAUAUAAUCAUUUUUAAAAGGAAACCAAAUUCUAUUUUGCAGAAGGAAAAAGGCCUGUAUUUAUACAGAAUUCACAACGUGUACUUUACUUAUAGGUGCUGCCUGGAAAUACAGUCUAUUUGUAAAUGUCAGAUGGCUUGGGCAUUUUAUUCCCGAUCCCCUCAUUUAUUUUCUCCUGUAAGUUGUGGCUAAAACAUUAAACCGUGAAGUUCGACUUGAGGUAAACAGGACCAGUCUAAAUGGCAAUUCUAUGUUCAAGAGCAAAACAAAACAGCCAAAUUACAGUCCUGCAAGGUGCACAGCACAACUAAAAAUCACUGAAGAGCACUGAAAAAUAAAAUGGUCAGAUCUGAUGACAUCCUGUAUCAACAACAGCAAAUCUGCUUGAUCCCAUUUACAGCCUCCUGAGGCUUUCAAAAAACUCUGGGGAAAAAGGUUAGUUACUGGCUGCAUGAACCCGAUCAUAUCCCAACAUUUCCUGCGAAAGCAAUGAAGUUUGGCUGCCUUUGCUAGUUAUAUGAUUUUCUCAUGAAAUACAAAAUGUCCAGAGCAAAUACAUUUGGCACUCAGCAUCCCCCCCCGCCCCCAAAAAAAAAAUUUCUCAGAAAACAACAUCACUGGUAGAUAUCAUCCCUAAUCAUUGCAUUAUAUUAUCAAGGUUGCAAUUAACUUCACCCAAUGUCAGUAUUAAUGCCUUUUAGUUUUAUAAUUAAAAAUCUAGCUUUUUUUAAAUACAAUCUUCGUAUUGUAUUUAAAAUGUGUGAAUUACCAAAUGUUUACAACACCUAUGACUGUACUGUAAAUCCAAAAACAUAUUUCCCCAUUAAGAUACAGUAAGGAUAAAGAAUUUUGUACUAGAUUUUUCACAUGAACGAUUAAUUUAAUAAAUACAUUUUCCAUAUUUACACAUAAAAAACACACACACAUUCACUGUCCUUGAGAAGUACCCACCAAUAAAGCUGUUGAAUGCUAUGAUGAUGAUGAUGAUGAUGAUGAUGAUGUCGUCAUCUGCUUGCUUAGAUCUUAGUUCUAAUAAAAAAUCUCUAUUAGCAGGAUAAUGCAUUCCCCCCCAGUGCUGGAAGCCACUAUGAAGUCUGAACACAACGUCACUGUACCAGACGAUACAGACUCCAUGCGCAGCAACAUGAAUCAAGCCUUGCCAUAUCCACUGAGCUUUCAGGUUUCACUUACUGGAUUUCUCAUGCUGGAAAUAGUUUUGGGCCUCAGUAGCAACUUAACUGUGCUCGUCCUCUACUGCAUGAAGUCCAACCUGAUUAACUCUGUCAGUAACAUUGUCACAAUGAACUUGCAUGUGCUGGAUGUCAUAAUCUGUGUGGGCUGCAUUCCCCUAACCAUUGUUGUUGUUCUGCUUUCCCAAGAAAGCAACACUGCUCUGAUUUGCUGUUUUCACGAGGCUUGUGUGUCUUUUGCUAGUGUUGCGACCGCAGUCAAUGUUCUUACCAUCACCCUGGACCGGUACGAUAUUUCGGUGAAGCCAGCAAACCGAAUUCUGACCAUGGGAAGGACAGUGAUGCUACUAACGCUAAUCUGGAUUGUGUCCUUCAUUAGUUUUCUGAUACCGUUCAUGGAGGUCAGCUUUUUUAACUUUCAACCUGAAAACAUGGGGCAAAACAAGACCCUCUCAAGUACCGAUAUAAACCAAUAUUACACUGAACUGGGACUGUAUUAUCACCUCCUUGCACAGAUCCCUAUUUUCUUUUUCACUGCCAUUGUCAUGUUGUUCACUUACUACAAAAUACUGCAGGCUUUGAACAUAAGGAUUGGCACCAGGUUUUCUACAGUGCAAAAGAAAAAAGCCAGAAAGAAAAAGACAAUUUCUCUGGCCAGACAGCAAGAGACAAUAGACGUGUCACAAAGCAGUACAGGACGCAAUGUCAUGUUUGGUGUACGAACUUCUGUUUCAGUUAUAAUUGCUCUCAGAAGGGCAGUGAAACGUCACAGAGAGCGUCGAGAAAGGCAAAGGAGGGUCUUCAAGAUGUCUCUCUUGAUAAUCUCCACAUUCCUUCUUUGUUGGACACCUAUUACCAUUUUAAAUUCUGUCAUUUUAUGCGUAGGCCCCAGUGACCUGUUGGUAAGGUUAAGACUUGGGUUUCUCGUCAUGGCCUAUGGGACUACCAUAUUUCACCCUUUGUUGUAUGCUUUUACACGACAGAAAUUCCAAAAGGUCCUCAAAAGCAAAAUGAAGAAGCGAGUUGUGUCCAUUGUGGAGGCAGAUACCUUGCCAAAUAAUGCAGUCAUUCACAAUUCUUGGAUUGACCCAAAACGGAACAAAAAGGUGACUUUUGAAGACAAAGAGGCUAGCCAGAAGGCUACUCAAGUUGGAGAAUAACAAACUUCAAGACAAAAAAUAAAGACUAAAAUUACCCAAAGCAUCAAUGUAAAUGCAACUGUAAUACAUGUACAGUCAAAGGUGGAUUAUUUAUUAAAGAUAUUUAAGUUCUACAAUCCUGCAGAACACAAUACACAUUGCAUGGCUUUUUAUAAUGUGUGGUGUCAC